AUGUCAUAUCGUCCUCCGCGGGAGGGCUACCAGCCACCAUCGCUCGGGCUCCCCGCAAAGCCUCCGCCGCCGGUUGACAAUCGUUUGUCAAAAUCGCCGGUGAGAAGACGCGAUGUGCCCCCUGCCGUGCCAUCGCCACCUUCACAUUCGACCCGGACGUCACCUCCCCGGCCACACUCGACUAAGAGCGUAGCGUCACCGGCAACAGUACGCCCACCGUCGAGCCCUCAAAAACUACCGGUCGCGCGUCCCGAUCAAUGGUACUUCACGCCCGACGAAGUAGCGAGCACACCCAGCAUCAUAGAUGGACUCUCUGUGUCAGAAGAGCGCCUACGAAGGGCCAAAGGCGUCAACUUUAUUUUUCAGGCUGGCAUCAUGCUUGAUCUCCCGCAAAUCACACUGUGGGUUGCCGGCGUGUUCUUCCACCGCUUUUACAUGCGAAGAAGCAUGGUGGAAGAGAAGGGUGGCAUUCAUCACUACAAUAUCGCUGCUACAGCGCUCUUUCUCGCGAAUAAAACAGAAGAAAAUUGCCGUAAAACAAAAGAUUUGAUCAUUGCGGUCGCAAAAGUCGCCCAGAAAAAUACGAAGCUAAUCAUCGACGAACAAAGUAAGGAAUAUUGGCGGUGGCGCGACAGUAUUCUUAACUACGAGGAGGUGAUGCUGGAGCAGUUGACAUUUGAUCUCAUGGUCGGAAUUCCAUACCACCCACUAUACGAGUUUCUUAACAUGCUAGAGCAGGACAUUCCUCUGCAGCAACAAGAAAGCAGUCAACCGCAGCAAGAUUACUCCAAGCAGAAGCAGCAUCUGGUUCGCAACAAGGCCUUCCGUAACGCCGCUUGGACUUAUUGCAACGACUUGUGCCUCACAGUCCUGCCCUUGCUACUCAAUGCGCGCGACAUCGCCAUCAGUGCCAUCUUUUUCGCCGCUUCCAUCCUCAAAGAGAAGGUAGACGAUGUCGACGGGGAGGCGUGGUGGAAAUACCUCAAGGGCGACGAGGGCAAGGUGUGCAUGGCUAUGGAUGUCAUUACGGAGUUCUAUAAGGAGAACCCAUUGAGGAAACAGGAUAACAGGAUGUCUCCGUCUCCCACCUUCAACCUCGAGAGCACUAGGCGUAGACUUGGAACGGCAUCUAGUCAGCAGGAGGGCGAUGGUACUCCGAUGGAGACAGACCGUAGUACACAGAGCCCUAGGAGCUCCAGUGGCCGUCAUCGUGUCAACGGCAACACCAAUGGCACACUGGAGGAGUAUGAGGAGAGGUCGCAGCCACAACAUAUUAAGCAGGAAGGCGGGAUAUCGGCUUCGGAGGCCCAGAACGGUUCAGCGACGAAGGGCUCUUCAGAGGCAAAGUCAGCUUCCGUUAUCAAGAGCGAACCGGACAGCGCUACUUCGGGACUUGAUGCAAGGAUGGAGCAGGCGCCGGUGUCGUCCAUUUCGCACAGAGGAGAUUCCGACGCGUUACUAAAAGAAGCCGCCAACAAUCUGGCAAUACAUGAACGAAGGCCGAACGACAGCAGACUACAGUCACCCCCCGGGGCGAAGCGUAAGAGCUCCGUAUCCGAUCCGGCGGUGGAAGGUGAACCGGAGAAUAAGCGGGCGCGGACGGUUACGAGCGAUGAGGAUGAAGGAGAAAUCAACAGGAAUUAG